AUGACAGUACGUGUGAGAGAUCAUAUUUCAUCAUGGGAGCCUGUUACUUCUGGAGUCCCCCAAGGGUCUGUUUUGGGACCCUUGUUAUUUAUAUUAUUUAUUAAUGAUAUGCCACAAGUUACUAAAUUUAAUACUGUGCUUUUCGCUGAUGAUGCCAGAGUUAUCGGUAAUGCAUAUUAUCCGGAAGAUAUUCAAACAGACAUUGACUGUCUCAGUAGGUGGUCAGAAAUAUGGCAGAUGAAAUUUAAUGUGGAAAAGUGUGGUGUACUUUACAUCGGAGAGAGCAAUCCACAACAUGGCGGCUAUACAUUGGAUGGCAUUCAGCUAAAAAGUGUACAGAAAGAAAAGGAUUUGGGGGUAACCUGGUCUGCCGGGAAAUCCUUAUUUGAUGAUCAUAUUCGAGAAGAAAUCGGAAAGGCCAAGAGGAUGAUAGCCUGGUUAAUAAGAAAUGUUGUAUCUCAUGAACAUGAAGUGUUGAUUCCUCUUUACAAGGCCUUUGUGAGGCCACAUCUGGAGUAUUGUGUGCAAGUUUGGUCCCUGGUAGCAAAGCAUG